UGCAGCAGCGCUGCGUGCGGAUGGGAUGCUAGUGUUAUCCAACGUCAAAGCGAGUUACCAUCCUCUUGUGAUGUUGCUAGGUGAUUUGUACUUACAGUGUGAACGGUAGUCUUCCUGAGACCACCGUCUUCUGCACAGGCUUCUUGGCUGGACGACUGGGCGAAUACUUCGUUUUUAUUUCCCGCUGCGUCUCCUUGGCGCAGUGGACACAAAAGUCCAUUCACAUCGUUCCGAUUUUUCUUUGCUCUGUCCCCCAUCCGCGUUCAUGGUUCUCCCGUCUCACUUUCGCUCGUGGAGUUGAAGUCUAAGGAGAAAAUGGGGCACCGUUUGAUAGCGACCGUCCUGUUUCUCCCGUGUCUCAUCAGUAAAUCUUUCGCGGGAUUUCCAAAUCAAAUUAACAUAGGGGGACUGUUCAUGCGCUCCACGGUUCAGGAGCAUAGCGCGUUCCGCUUCGCUGUCCAGCUCUACAACACUAAUCAAAAUGUGACGGAAAAGCCGUUCCACUUAAACUACAACGUGGAUAAUCUUGAAUCAUCCAACAGUUUUUCGGUCACCCAUGCGUUCUGUUCACAGUUCUCGCGGGGUGUGUACGCCAUCUUCGGCUUCUACGACAGGAAGUCCAUGAACACGCUGACGUCGUUCUGCGGCGCCCUGCACACCUCCUUCAUCACGCCCAGCUUCCCCACCGAUGCAGACGUCCAGUUCGUCAUCCAGAUGCGGCCGGCGCUCCGAGGCGUGGUCCUUAGCCUGCUGGCCCAUUACAAGUGGGAGAAGUUCGUCUACCUGUACGACACAGACAGAGGGUUCUCCAUUCUGCAGGCCAUUAUGGAGACUGCCGUGGCCAACAACUGGCAGGUGACGGCGAGGUCAGUGGGAAGCAUCGUAGAUCCGCUGGAGUACCGACGCAUCAUCGAGGAGAUGGACCGCCGGCAGGAGAAGCGCUUCCUGGUCGAUUGUGAAGUGGGCCGCAUUAACGCCAUCCUGGAACAGGUAGUCACAUCGGGAAAGAAUGGCAGAGGGUAUCAUUACAUACUGGCCAAUCUGGGCUUCUCGAAUAUGAGUCUAGACAAGGUCGUGUCGGGUGGAGCCAACAUCACAGGCUUUCAGGUCAUAAACCCCGAGAACCCCAUCGUGCAGCAGUUCCUCCAGCGCUGGGACCGGCUGGAUGAGAGAGAAUUCCCCGAAGCCAAGAACACACCUCUGAAGUACACUUCAGCGCUGACUCACGACGCCAUCCUGGUGAUCGCCGAGGCCUUCCGCUACCUCCGGAGACAGCGAGUGGACAUCUCUCGACGGGGCAGCGCGGGCGACUGCUUGGCGAACCCUGCCGUGCCCUGGAGCCAAGGCAUUGACAUAGAGCGGGCACUCAAAAUGGUUCAGGUUCAAGGUAUGACCGGCAACAUCCAGUUCGACAGCUUCGGCCGCAGGUCAAACUUCACCAUUGAUGUUUAUGAGAUGAAACCCGGGGGUGCCAGGAAGAUCGGGUACUGGAACGAAUAUGAGAAAUUUGUAUUUAUAUCGGACCAGCAGGUUACCAACGAGUCAUCUUCUGUGGAAAACCGAACAAUUGUGGUCACUACUAUUAUGGAAGCUCCCUAUGUGAUGUACAAGAAAAACUAUAUGCAGCUGGAGGGGAAUGAGCGCUAUGAGGGCUACUGUGUGGACCUAGCGUCAGAGAUCGCAAAACAUGUCGGAAUUAGAUACAAACUGUCCAUCGUUGCUGAUGGAAAGUAUGGGGCCAGAGACCCUGAAACCAAGACCUGGAACGGGAUGGUGGGUGAACUGGUAUAUGGGAGAGCCGAUAUUGCCGUUGCCCCUCUCACCAUUACUCUGGUGAGGGAGGAGGUCAUAGACUUCUCCAAGCCCUUCAUGAGCUUGGGCAUCUCCAUCAUGAUCAAGAAGCCCCAGAAAUCCAAGCCAGGGGUUUUCUCCUUCCUGGACCCGCUGGCCUACGAGAUCUGGAUGUGCAUCGUGUUCGCCUACAUCGGCGUGAGCGUGGUGCUCUUCCUGGUCAGCCGCUUCAGCCCGUACGAGUGGCACCUGGACGAGAGCGACGAGGCCAAAGACCCCCAGUCCCCGCCCGACCCGCCCAACGACUUUGGCAUUUUUAACAGCCUGUGGUUCUCUCUGGGUGCCUUCAUGCAGCAGGGAUGCGAUAUCUCGCCAAGAUCUCUCUCAGGCCGUAUCGUUGGGGGUGUGUGGUGGUUCUUCACCCUCAUUAUCAUCUCGUCCUACACUGCCAACCUGGCAGCCUUCCUCACCGUGGAGAGGAUGGUCUCCCCCAUUGAGAGUGCUGAAGACUUGGCCAAGCAGACAGAGAUUGCCUAUGGUACACUAGACUCUGGCUCGACAAAAGAGUUCUUUAGGCGCUCCAAAAUAGCAGUGUAUGAAAAAAUGUGGUCGUACAUGAAAUCGGCCGAGCCCUCAGUGUUCGCCAAGACCACCCCCGACGGAGUCGCCCGCGUGCGCAAGUCGAAGGGCAAGUUCGCCUUUCUGCUGGAGUCCACCAUGAACGAGUACAUCGAGCAACGCAAGCCCUGCGACACCAUGAAAGUCGGCGGGAACCUGGAUUCUAAGGGAUACGGCGUGGCCACGCCCAAAGGCUCGGCAUUAAGAACUCCUGUAAACCUUGCAGUAUUGAAACUCAGUGAACAAGGCAUCUUAGACAAGCUGAAAAACAAAUGGUGGUACGAUAAGGGUGAAUGUGGAACCAAGGACUCGGGAAGCAAGGACAAGACCAGUGCCCUGAGCCUCAGUAAUGUGGCUGGAGUCUUCUACAUCCUGGUGGGGGGACUGGGCUUGGCCAUGACCGUGGCCCUGGUGGAGUUCUGUUAUAAGUCCCACCAGGAGACCAAAAGACUCAAACUAGCCAAAAAUGCUCAGAACUUCAAACCUGCUCCUCCGGCAAACACACAGAACUUUGCUACCUACAGAGAGGGUUACAACGUGUAUGGGACAGAGAGCGUCAAGAUCUAAUGCAGGUGACUGCAGAGAAAGAGACCUGGUCAGUUUUGACCCCCCAAAAAGCCCAUGGUGAAUUGAUGCCAGCAGAGUCUGAAGUUGCCUAACCUGAUGUGAAAAUCAGAUCGUACUGAUGAUGCAACACGACUUGAAUCAUGGGACUUGAAGUCUCUCAGUGCCUUACCGCGCCUACUGCGUCAGAGCAAUGCAAACUGUCACCCAACAGGAAUCCCAACAAAAAAUGAGAGACAAAAUCCUAUAUCAAUGAAACAUUCACCUAUUAAUACAACAUUUCUGCAUACAUUAAUUUUUCAAAGAGGAAAAAAACAGUAAUCUCGAGAAACUCCAUCUUGUUCUCGGACACAUAAGAAUGAAAGCUUCACUGCUGAAAGCUUCACUUUAAAUCAUCAUAAUCUCUUUUUAGCCAUAUUUUAAUCAAGAAAAUAUUUAAUGAAGUUAUAUUGUGUUGCUUCAUUUAACAUUACUGUCAUCUUGAUGAUUUAAUAUAAAUAUACGUGUAACAUAGUUUAUUUUAUUAAACUUAGGACAGAACAUUUCUAGAAUAAGAAACAUAGAGAGAAACUUAGAGGUAUUGCUACCCCAGUUGUUGUUUUCCAAACUUCAGUAUAUGUUAUUUCCCCCAUAUUGAUAACAAAUUCGACUCACUGGCUCACACAUGUAUUGCUUAAUGUUUAUGACACCAUUAUGAAAGCAGACUACAGUACGCUACCUAAUUUGUCAGCUGCUAAAAAGAAUAAAGUUAAAAAAUAUCUAUAUUAUUAUUAUUAUUACUUUGGUGCCAUAUUGUCAUUUGGGCAUAUGGUUGAAAUGUGCAGUUUAUAUAAAAAAAAAAUGGUUAAAAUUGUGUGUGUCAAUGACAUGAUUAUUCUUGCCAGUGAAAGAAAUUAUCCAUGCACUGAUGAGAAUUAGCUGAUGCAAGAGACAGUGCAAUGACUUGACAAUGAUGUCCUACUCAUUCUCUAAAACUGAAUGGCAUAUGUUUUUAUUUUAUUUUUUAUUUUAUUUUUUAUUUCAACAUGUAUUUUCAUGUAUCUCCUGUGUACAAAGAAAGAAACUGGAAAUUACAGAAUCAGUCCUUAACGACUUUGUGAUUUUUAAAAUAUAAAAAUAUAGCUAUAAUUCUGUGAAAUACAAAAAUGUACAAAGAGAAGACCGAAACGACAAAAUGUAAAGACAAAUACAGUAUAGUUUUGUAAAUGAAGGAGAGUUCUUUAUGUAUGUGUAUAUUCUUUAGCUGAUUUUCUAGUGAAGCCAUUUUCCUCUGUCCAUUCAAUCGAUCUUCAAUGCAUGUGAACACUGGUGACUGUGCUUUCACCAGGACAUGACUUCUACUGAUCUGCAGACCCUAAGACUUAUCUGAACGUACUGAUCUUCAGCUCUCAUCCACCUCAGCACUCUAAAGCACUAGUCAUGUCAGCAUUGCAACUCACAGGCCUGCAUGUGUGGAGUAAGAAAGCCUCACUAUGAGACGUUUAGUACAUUUUGUA